UUUUGAUCAGUCAAUCAAUCAACCAAUUAUUCAAUCAAUCAAUCGAUCAAUCAAUCAGUCAAUCAAUCAAUCAAACAAAUCGAGCGUCGCGAUCUGUCAUCAUGAUUCGGAUCACGGUGAAGACAGUGGCGGGAAUUCGUCGCAGAGCGUUGGAUGUGGCACCAGAUAUCUUGGUGUGGGACCUGCGGCGACUGAUAGCGGAAACGACGGGUCUACCGGGCGAUCGCUUGUCGUUAGUGGUGGGUGGGAGAGCUCUUCCCACCACAAAUUCUGACGGUUCGCCGAACCUUCAGCCAGCCAAUCUCAAGGACGGGGAUACGCUCAUUGCGAUGGCAGUGCCUCGUGCUCCUCCUAAGGAGAUAACAGCUUUGAGGACCGGGAUAGCUGGCGCUGGAGAUCAUGACGAUGACGAGGACGAGGACAUGAAAUUUAACCCUCAUGGUAUCUCCCCUCCUUGGAAGCGAAAGCUGGCUAUCUUCUUAAAGGACAAGUUAAGGCUUCCUGAUCUCCUGUUGAUUGUGAUUUUCUCGAUCAAGCUUCACACAUGGGUGCUGAUCAUCGCAUGGCUUUGCUUGUCGCCGGUUGCUGCGAAAUGGGACCUUGGGCCAAUCUAUGUCCUGGGGACGGCCUUUGCUUUAUUGCUGACCAACCUCGGCAGACGGCAGUCUGGAGAAUUGAGGUUGCUUUGUGUCAUUUGGAGAAUUGGAAUUUCCUCUGUUAAGAUUUCUGGAAUUUGUCAAGAUUUCUGAAAUUGAGAUGUUGGCGAAAUU